AUGGCGUCAUCGGCACCUAGACCUGGCUACCCCGGCCAUCCUCAGGGGCCACCCGACGCUCUAGCUGCGGGUAUUCAGAACCUGUACGUGACUCGCCCUAACGCGCCGGUUACUCGUCCUAACGCGCCGGUUACUCGUCCUGCGCCCUUUGCCGGCGCCGGAUCCUCCCCAAUGCCCAUCGCUCGCACGGACGCACCUACGUACGCUCCUCCUCUUCGGGGCGUGUCGCCUCCGCCGUUUGUGACGGGGAAUAUUGGGCCUGGUCGACCGAUGGGGUUCGCUCAGCCGCCUCCUCCGGCCGCGUCUAGGCCGGCCCGUUCUCCGCUUCGCCGCCGUCAAGCGGUCCGACGGCUAUAA